AUGGAGCAGUCAUCGGCACAAAAUCAGAUGCCGGGUCUGCCCCAUGCGGGAGCUCCACAGGGGGUCCCGUCGGCGGACUACUGGUCUUCUAUCGAUGCUUUGUAUCAGGAUCCUCAGCUCCAACCUCAAGCUGCGCCGUCACAGCAACAGAAUCCGUCUGCACAGCAGCAAGCGCCAAUGGGGAUCACCUGGGAUCAUCCCGUAUUCCAACAACAGCAGCAGCGAGCGCAACAGCAUCAGAACCCUCUCGCCCCUCAGUCCGACCCCAAUCACGGCAUUUACUCCUCAAUUCCUCCUCCUUCUUGGCAAUCAAACCCGCUGCAGACUCCAGCUCGAUACGCAAAUUCCCCUCAAUACCAAACCCAACAACAAACUUCGCAGUAUCAGCAGGGCCAAAUGCCGUUCGAUCCUCUUUCGAUCAAUCCAUCCGAGAGCUCGAACUUCCCCUCAUACUCAUACCAGCCGGGCUACUUCCAUCCGCAACAACUUCCUCUCCAAGACUCUUUCCCAUCUCGAACGCCCCCCCAACAACACCAACCUCAACAUCAACAACAACAACAAGCAAGACAGCAGCAACCGGAAUAUUCCACCAGUGCCCCACAGUCCUCUAUGCAAUAUUCUAUGCCCUCGAGCUUUCCCCAGGACCUCUUGUCAAACACCAUCGACCUCACUAAUGACGACUUCCCGAGUACUGAGUCCGGAGUUUCCCAUCAAACAAUCGACCCGUCAUUUCUCAAUGAGAUGGCUCGGUCGUCGAAUGCGUCGCACCCUCUGCCUAGUAACUUUUCCUUCGGAGGCUCGGUGGACUUUGAAAGACCCGAUGGGCUUUUCAAUUAUUUCCAGAACGAUCUCUCAGUUCAGCCACAACUAACCACACCCCAGAAUACUGGUGUCGCUCAACUUGGCGGACUUGCUCCGAGACCUGCUGGAAUCCCCCAUCAACCUGCCCUUGCCCCCGCACCCAAGAAGGCCCCAGCUAAGAAGGCCCCACAGGUCAAGAAGACUGGUAUAAAGGGACAAAAGAAGCAGCAGACAGAGUCGGACAGUGGAAGUUCUGACGAGUCCGAUUUGGAGGUUGACCCAGAACCGUCUCCCCUUCCUGCGGUUCGAUCAAGUGAGCCUCUUGAAGCUGCGCACUAUGACACAAUACAAGCGGUUUGGUCUCCGCGUAAUCUGCGCGUCCCUGCCGAGAAAGUAAAGGCCUCCUUGGUUGCAUUCAAGGAUGUUGUUAAAGGGCUCCGUGAUGGCUGGAAAGACCAAGUCCAAGCAAUGAAAACCGCAGAGAACCAUGGGGACAAUGACAAGGCAACCAAACUUAAGCAAGCCGUGGCUCUCCAGCGUCGCACCAUGGAGAAGAUUAUCUCCGCCACUUUAGAAACAGGUCACCCUGUCAUCGUCGAGAAGCUUGGCGAACAUCCGGUAACACUGUCCGUGUUCUACUCAUUCCUGGCGGAUCGGUUCCAGGCCGCUGAUUUGGAAGGCUCGUUGACAUCGAACUUGCUGAAGCUUCUUGCACGAUUUGUGACUGUAGACGAGGAAUUGCUGCAGAAAACCAACAUGGCGAAGCUGCUUCCACGAUUCCUCAAGAAGGGAACACCCCGCGUCAAGGACCUCGCGCAGACUAUCCUAGACAAUGCCGCCGCAUCUACCAAAAGGAAGCAGAGUAAUGCGAAGCCAAUCAAGGAAGAGUCACCCGCUAAAGGAGACUCGCCGUCAGCAGAGAUUGUGGGCGCCAAACGUUUGCGGGAUGGUGAGAGCAAUGGUCAACCCGCUACGAAGCGGAUGAUUGUUACUUCCAAUCUGAAGGACACUCUUAAGCCGACCUCUGCGUCAAACGGUCCUAUCAAACGUACUUCAGAGGGCAUCCAGAACGGUAAGUCUGCUCCUGUGCCGGCUGCUCCUCGCCCAAAGCCGCCAAUCGCGGCCCCCAAGCCGACUGUCAUCUUUGGGGCACUCAGUUCAGCAUCCAAGAGACUGGGCACUACCAACGCGGAACGAAAAGCAGCUCAAGCGGCUGCGAAGCCAACGCCGCCGCCAGAAAGCAAAGACAAACCGACUGCACCGGCUCCGAAGCCCGCGUUCUCCUUCGGCGACAUCCUGGCGGACCUUAGCAAGCCCAAGCAGGCGGCUGUCGCCAAGCCUGCAGAAGACAAACCACCGGAGACUGAAGAGGAGCGCCAGAAGCGCCUCCGCAAGGAAGCGCGGCGCAAGCUUCGUGUUACGUGGAAGCCGGAUGAUCAACUGACUGAAGUUCGGCUGUUCACUCACGAUCCGGACGAAGAGCUUGGUCCCGGCGAUGGAUCUAUGCGCGGUAUGGGCGAUGUUAAGGGAGAGGGUAGUGUCCUCAAACUUCACAAGGAUCUGGAGGAACUUGAGGAAGAUGACCUUGGUGGCAUCCGGGAGACUACUCUUAAUGAUUACAAUGGGCUAUCUGAGAUUCUCAUUGAGUCCGCGGACAUGAAAAGCGCCAACUUUGUUAAGCGUGGCGGUGAUGAACCUCCUGUCAGCAAUGAGAAGACCGCUCAAGAACAGCGCGAGGCGACCACUCUCAUGGUGUUCCACGCUUCUCCUGCUGAUGUCCCGCCUACUCCGAAGGAACCUCCUGGUGCUGAUCCGAAUGAAAACGCUUCUGAAGUCAUUCCCUUUGGCGAAAUCCCUGACAAUGUCAAGGCUCGACAGGAACGUUACUUUGACUAUGUCAAUCCCAAGCCUGCAGCCGCUACCGCUGCUGCCGCGGCCGUCACUGUCUCUGCGCCAGUGCCAGCGCCAGCUGCAGCUGUGGGAAACCCUGGAUUUGAUAUUUCAAGCCUACUGCAAAUCAUCAAGGCCGGGACCCCGCAGCAGCAACCUGCGCCUCCGCCAGUUGCCCAGCAGGCGCCCAUGUCCGACCUCGAGCGGACCAUCAGCAUGUUCCGCCAACAGCAGGGUCAGCCUCAGGUCCCUCUGGUCCCCCAGAUUCCACAACUGCCUAUCGCUCAGCCACCAGCUGUGCCAGGGGGUGUGGACUUCCAGCAGCUCAUGAGCGUGAUGCAGCAGUUCCAGCAGGGAACUGGCUUCGCUCAGCAGCAGCCGGUGCAGUCGCAGCCACAGAUGCAACCUAAUCUGGGCGCUAUGUUCUCGCAAUUCGCCGGACAGAAUCAGCAAGCUGGUCCCUCGAACUCGACCCAGAGUUACGAGGAUCCCGAGCGCAAGCGAGUCCGUGACAGUGGUCACUAUGAUGACCCAUACGACAACCAGUGGAGUCGUGGCAAGCGGACUAAGGCGAACGAUCUCAAGCCUUACAAGGUCGGACUCGUUGCCUGCCGGUUCUGGAAGGAAGGCAAGUGCCGGAAGGGCGACAACUGUACCUUCCGACACGACCCCUAAAUACCUUCCGAUGAUCCAACCAGAUACUAUAAUCUGGUCUCUCGAUAAAUACCCUCCUCCUGUUCCCCACGCCACGUCUUCCCCAGCAUGACGAUUUCACCCCUUUCACCUUGUAUUUCAUAACCCUAUCCAAUCACGACAAUGCAUGGCAACCCCCCUAGGGAAGUUUUUUCUGCUGAACAUUUUAACCCAGGAUGGAGCUAGUCUCUUCCGGGUUGGUGGAAACAUUUCUGGCGGAUUAAGGUGCCUCUUGGGCGUUGCUUCGGUUAUUUCCCGCAACGUUUUGCAUGGCUACCCCCUUUCCAUUGUCCUUGGAUGAUGGGUUGGGGGUCGCACCAGGCGUUUUUAUUUGUUUCGUUUUUUCCACCUCUGCAAUUCUCCUGGCUGAUUGAUCCCUGCCAUGGAUGGCAUCUUCCUUCCUUAUCCUAUCCUAGGUUGUGGAGAUGAGAUCUUAGCAGGGCGGUAAGCCGGAGCGAGCUGCGGAUGUCAUAUCACGGCGCAUAGUUCUUCUCAUUUUUGAUUUUCCUUUCAGGGGAAGGAGGGUAUAACCUUGUACAUUAGAUAAUUACAGCCUC